UCUGCGUCGCGGCCCUAGCUAGCCAUACAUGGACCACGCGUACUAUUCAUAGACGAAGGAGACGGUGGUAUAAAAGCGGCGGACGGCCGCAAAAACGGCACUCGCAGCCUACAAGCUUAGCAGCUGAGUCCUUUCUGUCGUACGAGAAGAAAAAAACCAAACCUCAUCCAAAAUGUGUGACGAUGAUGUUGCGGCGUUGGUCGUUGACAACGGCUCCGGCAUGUGCAAGGCCGGUUUCGCUGGUGAUGACGCGCCCCGCGCUGUCUUCCCAUCCAUUGUUGGUCGCCCAAGGCAUCAGGGCGUCAUGGUCGGUAUGGGACAGAAGGACUCGUACGUCGGUGAUGAAGCUCAAUCCAAGAGAGGUAUCCUCACCCUGAAAUACCCAAUUGAGCACGGCAUCAUCACCAACUGGGAUGAUAUGGAAAAGAUCUGGCACCACACCUUCUACAAUGAGCUGCGUGUCGCCCCCGAGGAACACCCCAUCCUCCUCACUGAGGCUCCCCUCAACCCCAAGGCUAACCGUGAAAAGAUGACCCAGAUCAUGUUUGAGACCUUCAACACCCCCGCCAUGUACGUCGCCAUCCAGGCUGUGCUCUCCCUGUACGCCUCCGGUCGUACCACCGGUAUCGUCUUGGACUCUGGUGAUGGUGUUUCCCACACCGUCCCCAUCUAUGAAGGUUAUGCCCUCCCCCAUGCCAUCCUCCGUCUGGACUUGGCUGGCCGUGACUUGACCGACUACCUCAUGAAGAUCCUGACCGAACGUGGCUACUCUUUCACCACCACCGCUGAACGUGAAAUCGUUCGCGACAUCAAGGAAAAGCUCUGCUAUGUCGCCCUGGACUUCGAGCAGGAAAUGGCCACCGCCGCUGCCUCCACCUCCCUUGAGAAGUCCUAUGAACUUCCCGACGGACAGGUCAUCACCAUCGGCAACGAACGUUUCCGUUGCCCAGAAGCCCUCUUCCAGCCUUCCUUCUUGGGUAUGGAAUCCUGCGGCAUCCACGAGACCGUCUACAACUCCAUCAUGAAGUGCGACGUCGACAUCCGUAAGGACUUGUACGCCAACACUGUCUUGUCUGGUGGCACCACCAUGUACCCUGGUAUUGCCGAUCGUAUGCAGAAGGAAAUCACCGCUCUUGCCCCAUCCACCAUCAAGAUCAAGAUCAUCGCUCCCCCAGAAAGGAAGUACUCCGUCUGGAUCGGUGGCUCCAUCUUGGCUUCCCUGUCCACCUUCCAACAGAUGUGGAUCUCCAAGCAGGAAUACGACGAAUCCGGCCCAGGCAUCGUCCACCGCAAGUGCUUCUAAACUCCUCACUAUCUUACUUCUACUUAUUAUUACAAAUACAAUUACAACUACAACUUUAUUAUUAUAUCGUCAUCGUUGCGACAAUGGUUGCACUGCCAGAAAGACUCUUCUUAUGUUUUACGUGAACAUGUUUCAUUUUACGAUCUUGUGAAUAUCAUAUAUUAUAUUAUUUAUUAUUAUUAAUUAUAAUUACUUAAUUAUGCAAUUCAUAUAAUAAUAAAAAAACAUCAGUUAUUAAUAAACAA